AUGUGGGCUACUCCGUACGUGGCCCCGAUUCCAGGCGGUGUCCACGACGGAUUGGUUAUACAUGUUAAAGGAAUAGCCGAAAAGGACAAGAAUAGGUUCUCGAUAGCGCUUCAGUGCGGUGACAAAAGAGCUUCAGUUCCAUUCUAUUUCAACCCAAGGUUCAAUGAAAAUCAGGUGAUUAGGAACACGCUGGAAAAAGACUCGUGGGGUACGGAGGAGCGGCAAGGUGGAUUCCCCUUUACCGAGGGAUCUUCCUUCGACAUCGAAAUCCACGUCAAUCCCCAAUACUACUCGGUACACGUGAACGGCAACCAUUUCUGUGACUACAGUCACCGGUUGCCGAAGGAAUCCGUGACGCACAUCUCGUGUGAGCAAGGCAUCAGCAUUAAGGAAUUUCGGUUCGAGGGAGGAUACCUACAGCCGACUUAUACCUACCCUGGGUCGGGACCAAUCUUUAACCCGCCUGUUCCAUUUGUCCACAACCUUGGCGGCUUGUAUCCCAACAAGAUGGUCGUCAUCAGUGGCAUUCCCCUACCGAAAGCUAGCAGGUUCACGAUUAACUUUGAAAAUGGUCCCGACAUCGCGUUCCACUUGGACGUCAGGAUUGAUUACGGCGAUUGUAAGAACGUUGUCGUACGGAACAGCAAAACAGCUCAAGGCUACCAACAAGAAGAAAGGGACCUUGCAUGGUUUCCAUUUAGCCCUGACGCUUGGUUUCAAAUGAUGAUAAUGGUCGAAAUGUCAGCAUUUAAGGUUGCUGUGAACAACCAGCAUUUGUUGGAGUACCGCCACCGUCUUCAGCCAUUGGGUCGCUUCGACACCCUCGGAAUCACUGGAGACCUUCGUCUGACAGAGUUCCGUUUCCAAGGCUAAACGCAAACCGUUCCUGCCAUUGAUGUGACGUCACAGUCGAUUUGAAUUACUUCAAUCAAUGAAUGUGACGUCCGUUUGCCAUUGCAGAGCUUUGUAAAAGUGAACAAUAUGGUGUGUUUUUUAAUGUU